AUGAGACUGAUUUAACGAGAUUGAUCACUUAAUUUCAAUAAUUAACUGAUUGCACCCACACUGUUGAGAUGGCCGGAUUUUCUCCACAUAUCAGAUGCUUUGCCCAGACAGUAAAUCUAGCUGCACAGAAAGGAAUGGCCGUGAACCAGGUCUCCAGACUCCUUUGCAGAGUCAGGAAAAUUGUCACGUUUUUUCACAAAAGCACUUCAGCCGCUGCUGUGUUAAGUGACAAACAAAAAAUGCUGCAGUUGCCAUCGCAUAAGCUGGUGCAGGAUGUUAUCACAAGGUGGAAUUCGAGCCACAACAUGCUCGAGCGGUACCUCGAGCAGCAGGCUGCUGUUUUUGCAGCUCUCAUGGAUGGAACCGUGAAGAAAAAUCUCAAGGACAUUGUCACUCUGACUGAAGCAGACGUGAAGCUGGCAGAGGAUGUGGUUCAGGUGCUCAAACCACUGAAGACAAUCCCCACCCUAAUGAGCACAGAUCAGACACCCACUAUAUCAGUGAGUCUGCCAUUGAAACACAAAAUUCUGAUGUCAAUGAAGCACACUGGCUCAGACUCAACAACAGUUAAAGAAAUGAAGACUGCUAUUACAGCUGAUUUUGAGGACCGAUACCCAGACACAGAUGAGGCCCUAACAGACUUUCUCCAUGUGAGUACUGCACUUGACCCUAGGUUCAAAUCUCUACCUUUCCUGGAUGAGACCACCACAACCUCAACAUUCAAUAGCCUGACAGAGAGGAUUCUGGAACACUUUUCACAGACUGCUCAGGCCCAGACUGUCAAGGAGGAGAGAGAUAAGGGACCAGAGGAGGCCUCUACCAGCAGUGCCAGUGGCAGUACCAGCGCCAGUCCACCUCCAGCGAAAAGAGCACCAAUAGCUGAACUGUUCGGAGACAUGUUCCCAACAUAUCUUGGAACAUCAUCAAAGCCUUUCCGUCUAGAGGUGGAAGAGGAGGUACAACAUUACAGAUCAGUGCAAAGCCUCUCAGUGGAGUCAAAUCCACUUGUAUGGUGGCGAGACAAUGAAAACCAGUUUCCCCACUUAGCCAAGCGUUUUCUUGGAAUACCUGCCACAUCUGUUCCCAGUGAGAGAGUGUUCUCCACUGCUGGAGACAUUGUCAGAGCACAAAGAGCAAGCCUCACACCAGACAAUGUGGACAUGAUGGUGUUUUUGAAAAAGGAUUUCAAAAUCUCUUAAAUCAGCCAAUCAGGUUUAGAGCAAUAGCGCAAGUCUGCUAACUCUGAAAUGUUUAAUUUACU